GGGGGGCGUGUGGGGGUUGGUUGUGGUGGCGGGCAGGCGGCGGCGCUGCUCCCGCGUCACAGCGCCGGGCGCGGCGGGGAGAUGCGGCUCCUGGCGCUGGCGGCGGCCGUGCUGCUGGCGCGGGCUCCGGCCCCGGAGGUCUGUGGGGCCCUCAAUGUCACUGUGUCCCCGGGGCCCGUGGUUGACUACCUGGAGGGGGAAAAUGCUACUCUUCUCUGCCACGUCUCCCAGAAGAGGCGGAAGGACAGCUUGCUGGCCGUGCGCUGGUUCUUUGCGCGCCCGGACUCCCAGGAGGCCCUGAUGGUUAAGAUGACCAAGCUCCGGGUGGUGCAGUACUAUGGGAAUUUCAGCCGCAGCGCCUACCGUCAGAGGCUGCGCCUCCUUGAGGAGCGGCGCGGGGUGCUCUACACCCUCUCCGUCUUGACCCUCCGGCCAGCCGAUCAAGGGCAUUACGUCUGCAAAGUCCAGGAAAUCAGCAAGCACAGGAAUAAGUGGACAGCUUGGUCCAAUGGCUCCUCGGGGACAGAAAUGAGAGUGAUUUCCCUCAAAGCGUCUGAAGAUUCAUCGUUUGAGAAAAAGAAAGAGACCUGGGCAUUUUUUGAAG